UUAAUGUUAUAUUGUGGCAUUUAAUAUCGUGUUAAAACAUUCAAAAAUUAAUUAUAAAUAAAUAAUUACCAAUAAAAAUGAGAAUACAAAAUGGAUAUAAACGAUUGCCCGUCGCUACAGGAACUACUAUUUUAACUGCUAAACCUUUUGCUUACGUUUUACGAUCCUUAUAUCGCAAUGAAAGAUGUGACCAUUGCUUGCAAAGGUAAUGCUUAAUUAAUUAAAACAAAACGAAUGUGCAAAAAUAUUAAAUCAGUAUCAACGGUAGCUUGGUGGCCCUGAUCAGUAUCAGUUUAGGUUAUCUUUCUAAAGUGAUCAUUUCCUGUAGUCACAUUUGUAUUACUGUUUAUAAAUUGUAAUUGUUUACUCAUAUCGAAAAUAAACUUUUUUAAUAAAUAAAACGUUUGUUAAAGAUGAGCAUAAAUGAAAAUCCCAUUAAAAAAGGAACUACUAUAUUUACUGUGGAAAACUAUUAAAAUGUUCUGCAUGUCAAUGCGUUUUUUAUUGUAACCGAUCAUGUCAACAAAGUGGUUGGCGCAUACACAAUACAGAAUGUGCAAAUUUAAAAAGAAUUUCGCCAAAAGUUGUGCCAGAUGUGGCACGACUCAUGGCUCGUAUAAUUAUAAAACUGAAUCAAGGUAAAGGUGAAGAGAUGGGAUAUUAUAGUGAAACAAAUUACAGGAAAUUUAAAGAUCUAAUGUCCCAUUAUUCUGAUAUAAAAAAGGAUGAAAAAAGAAUGGAUCAUUUUAUAUGUCUAUGUGGUGUUCUAUUUGACUAUCUUAGAGAUGUUCCUCUGCCAAAUUCUGCAGAAUUAAUAGGAAUUUAUGGCAGAAUAUGUAUCAACUCUUUUAGUAUAUUUGAUCAGAAUAUGACUACUAUUGGUGUUGGAAUUUAUUUAGGACCAUCUAUCAUAGACCAUAGUUGUGCACCAAAUGCUGUAGCCAUUUUUGAAGGAACUACUGUAAUAAUCAGAACAAUAGAAGAUCUUCCUUGUUUAGAUUGGUCUCAGAUAAGAAUAUCAUAUAUUGACAUACUUAAAACAACAAAGGAUCGACGUGAAGUGUUACAAAGUUCUUAUUAUUUUUGGUGUACCUGCAAACGAUGCGAACAACCAGAUGUAAUGGCAGAAGCUGCUAAGUGUCCUAAUAAAUCUUGCAUGCAUCCUUGUCCUUCUGAUGCAGACAUAUGUCAAAAAUGUAGUGCACAGUUUUCAGACAAAUUCAAAGAAACCUUUGAUGAAGUAUCUGAUUUUACUGCAUAUCAUUUACAAAACAUGAAGAAUAUGGCUUAUCUAGAUAUAAGCAAGAUGUGCCUCAAGAAACAAGAAGGUAUUUUACAUCCUCUUAAUGUACAGCAUGUGCAAACUUUGCAAAGUGCUUUUGAUUCAGCUAUAAGUUUGCAACAUUGGGAAGAAGCAGAAUUCUAUGGCAGGAAGCUUAUUAAUGCCUAUUUAGCAUAUUAUGGAGAAAUACAUCCAUUCACUGGAAUAUUGUACUUUAUGAUUGGAAAAAUACAAUUACAGCUGGAAAAAUCAAACCAGGCUAUGGAAGCAUUAGAAAAAGCAAAUUUAGUGUUAACAAUAACACAUGGAAAAAAGCAUACUUUGUUAAGAGAAAAUUUAGCGCUCAAACUAAGUAUUAUGGUCAAUAAAUCAUUUUCUAUUUACUAAAAUGUAUCGACAAUUUGUAAUUGUAAUAUUAAAUUAUAUUGAUAUUUAAAUAAAUAUAUUUAAUCCUUGAGUUUAAUUAAAAA